AUGGCAUUAAGAUUUCCAAGGUUUAGCCAAGGCUUAGUUCAGGACCCCACUACUCGUCGUAUUUGGUUUGGUAUUGCUACCGCACAUGACUUUGAGAGUCAUGAUGAUAUUACUGAGGAACGUCUUUAUCAUAAUAUUUUUGCUUCUCAUUUCGGACAAUUAGCAAUCAUUUUUCUGUGGACUUCCGGGAAUCUCCUCCAUGUAGCUUGGCAAGGAAAUUUUGAGGCAUGGGUACAGGAUCCUUUACAUGUAAGACCUAUUGCUCAUGCAAUUUGGGAUCCCCAUUUUGGUCAACCGGCUGUAGAAGCUUUUACGCGAGGGGGUGCUCUUGGACCAGUGAAUAUUGCUUAUUCCGGUGUUUAUCAGUGGUGGUAUACAAUUGGUUUACGUACUAAUGAGGAUCUUUAUACUGGAGCUAUUUUUCUAUUAUUUCUUUCUUUCAUAUCCUUAUUAGCGGGAUGGUUACACCUACAACCGAAAUGGAAACCGAGCGUUUCGUGGUUUAAAAAUGCCGAAUCCCGCCUCAAUCAUCAUUUGUCAGGACUAUUUGGAGUCAGUUACUUAGCUUGGGUAGGGAAUUUAGUCCAUGUGGCUAUUCUAGGAUCCAGAGGAGAAUAUGUUCGAUGGAAUAAUUUCUUAAGUGUAUUGCCUCAUCCUCAAGGAUUAGGGCCACUUUUUACAGGUCAGUGGAAUCUUUAUGCUCAAAACCCCGAUUCUAGUAAUCAUUUAUUUAGUACUUCGCAAGGCGCGGGAACUGCCAUUCUAACACUUCUCGGGGGAUUCCAUCCUCAAACGCAAAGUUCAUGGCUUACCGAUAUGGCCCAUCAUCAUUUAGCUAUUGCAAUUCUUUUUCUAAUUGAUGGUCAUAUGUAUAGAACUAACUUCGGUAUUGGGCACAGUAUAAAAGAUAUUUUAGAAGCGCAUAUUCCUCCGAGGGGUAGAUUGGGGCGUGGACAUAAGGGUCUUUAUGACACAAUCAAUAAUUCAUAUACUCGCUUUAAUUAA